GUAAUCAUCACUUUUUGCCAGCAGGACCGAGCGCAAUUUGUGGCAGCGGCAGCGCUUGUGGCACUUGCAGUGGCAGCUCUGAUACUUCCGGGUGGUGCCACGGCUUUUAGUGGCACCCGCGGCUUUUAGUGGCACUAGCCACGCCCCCUACCACUGCUGCCAUUACACUUCCGGGUGGUGCCACGACUUUUAAGAGUAAGGUCUAGCUGCGGACAUUGCCCAGGAAAAACGUUUUUCCUGGGCAAUGUCCGCAGCUAGGUAUUAUUGGAUUAUUGACUUUUAGUGGCACUAGCCACGACCCCCUACCACUGCUGCUCUUGACUUUUAGUGGCACUAGCCACGCCCCCUACCACGGCUUUUAGUGGCACUAGCCACGCCCCCUACCACUGCUGCCAUUACACUUCCGACUUUUAGUGGCACUAGCCACGCCCCCUACCACGACUUUUAGUGGCACUAGCCACGCCUCCUACCACUGCUGCCACGGUACCUGCGGCUGUAGUAGUGACCUCAGUAAUUGCAGCACUUAUUGCAUCAUCGGCCUCAUCAUGCCAACGUUUUUAUUUUUUACUUUAUUAACAAAAUCAAAACAAACAAGGCUGUCACCGAAAAUAUUUGAAAUAUUUCAAGCGGUUUACAAAUGCGUUUCCCAGUCACUUCAUGCAUAUACAGUGUAAUGCAAUCAGAAGCGUUAAUGCAUUUAUUUUUUCCAUCAUUUUUGUUGCUCCCCCAGACGAAUCCGUGACAGAUCUAGUGGAAGAUCCACAGACACUUCCGGGUGGAAGACCGGCGGUGGGUCACCGGCCUCCGGUACAGAGUCAGGAAAAGCAGGGGAGCACCAGAGCCAGAUGGAGAGCGCCAGAGCAGUUCUCAAUUUCUGAAAUAAUUUAUGACAACUGCUACCAAUGUGGAUUGUGGAAUAAAAAGAGAUAAACUGUUAGUUUUCUCAAUAUUGUCAUUGCAAUCGGGACAGAUACCGCCAUCUGCCGGCUUAAAAUGGUAUUGCAGUACAUUUUAAACUUUUUUUAAACUAUUUCAAUCUUCGUUUUCACAUACAUUCAGUUUACAAUGUAACCUACAUUCAACGUACUGAAGAAUAAAGCAAAUAAAAAUGACCUCAGUUGAGGAAAAUAAAAAUUACAUUUAGAAUUUGCAACAAUUACCACAUGACACUACACCAUAAAAUAAAUCAUGAUGCAAAAUAAUAAUAAAUUAAAAAUGAAAUAUCAUCAACAAACAAAAAAUGUUCAGAGGUUAAUAUUUCAGCAUUAUAUUUCAAACAUGUAUGAUUAAUUGGACUGUAAUUUAAAGAACAAGAAACUCAGACAUUGUUUCGUACUACUCAUAAAUCCAUAUGCAAAAUACAAAACUUUAUUGUUGUGAAACCACAAUAUCUAUUAACAAUAAACUACAUCCCCAAAUCCGUUGUAGUGACAAAACAGCCUUUUCACUCCCAAGUUGUUUAAAAUGUACUGCAAUACCAUUUUAAGCCGGCAGAUGGCGGUAUCUGUCCCGAUUGCAAUGACAAUAUUGAGAAAACUAACAGUUUAUCUCUUUUUAUUCCACAAUCCACAUUGGUAGCAGUUGUCAUAAAUUAUUUCAGAAAUUGAGAACUGCUCUGGCGCUCUCCAUCUGGCUCUGGUGCUCCCCUGCUUUUCCUGACUCUGUACCGGAGGCCGGUGACCCACCGCCGGUCUUCCACCCGGAAGUGUCUGUGGAUCUUCCACUAGAUCUGUCACGGAUUCGUCUGGGGGAGCAACAAAAAUGAUGGAAAAAAUAAAUGCAUUAACGCUUCUGAUUGCAUUACACUGUAUAUGCAUGAAGUGACUGGGAAACGCAUUUGUAAACCGCUUGAAAUAUUUCAAAUAUUUUCGGUGACAGCCUUGUUUGUUUUGAUUUUGUUAAUAAAGUAAAAAAUAAAAACGUUGGCAUGAUGAGGCCGAUGAUGCAAUAAGUGCUGCAAUUACUGAGGUCACUACUACAGCCGCAGGUACCGUGGCAGCAGUGGUAGGAGGCGUGGCUAGUGCCACUAAAAGUCGUGGUAGGGGGCGUGGCUAGUGCCACUAAAAGUCGGAAGUGUAAUGGCAGCAGUGGUAGGGGGCGUGGCUAGUGCCACUAACAGGCAAGAGCAGCAGUGGCAGGGGCGUGGCUAGUGCCACUAAAAGCCGCGGGUGCCACUAAAAGCCGUGGCACCACCCGGAAGUAUCAGAGCUGCCACUGCAAGUGCCACUCGUGCUGCCGCUGCCACAAAUCCCUCCUGCUGUCUCUCCUUUUUGCCCCAGUAAAAUAAAAAUUAUUUACUUAAAUAAAUAUUUGCAUUUAUAAGGUAUUUAAAAAAUAAUUUUUCAUUUGGAGCAAAUGUGGUAUUACUUCUAUAGUUCACUGUUGUGAUUUCACUUCAGCUAGGACGGUAAGUUAAUCUGAACCCUGAACGCAACAUUUUUCUCACUGCGAAAUGUAGUAAGAAACGCAUUAGAGUAGUUAACUUGCAUCACGUUCACGAAAGUUAAAUCAUUUGCUAAUAUAAACACCCAAUUUACUUUUUAUGUUAGUAAGUUACGUUAAAUUUCUACCAUUGUUUAAAGACACGUAAGCGCAAUAUUAUCUGAACUCGACACGUCAGGUCUGAAAUCUCCACAGGGCGUGCUGUCAUCUUUUGAGUGUAGAAGAGCGGUCCUGUUCAAAUUUCCUCUAGAAAGCUUCAGCUUGUAUAAUAAACGGAACACAAUGGCGUCUGUUAUGGAGGAUCCCACCUUAGAGAGACACUUUAAGGGACACAGAGACGCUGUCACCUCUGCAGACUUCAGUCCAAACAGCAAAUAUCUGGCCACGGGAUCAGCGGAUAAGACGCUGAUGAUCUGGAGUCUGGCUCCCAAAGCGAGAGCCUUUCGUUUAGUCGGACACCAAGAUGCCGUCACAGGGGUUCAGUUCUCCCCAUCUGGAGCUCUGGUGGCUUCUUCCUCCAAAGACAGAACCGUUCGUCUGUGGACACCUUCCAUGAAAGGAGAGUCAACAGUGUUUAAAGCCCACACAGCUGCUGUACGCAGUGUAGCUUUCUCCUACGAUGGCCACCAGCUGGUGACGGCGUCCGAUGACAAGUCUGUCAAAGUGUGGAGCGUCCAUCGGCAGUGCUUCGUCUACUCUCUGAACCAGCAUGCUGACUGGGUUCGCUGUGCCAGGUUUUCUCCAGAUGGAAGACUCAUCGCUUCCUGUGGGGACGACAAGUCUGUCCGCCUUUGGGACACGGCCACCAAACACUGCAUCAACUGCUUCACUGAAUGUGGAAGCUCUGCUACGUUUGUUAAUUUCAACUCCAGUGGCACCUGCAUCGCAUCCUCAGGAUCUGACAGUUCACUGAAGAUCUGGGAUCUCCGGACCAACAAACUCAUUCAGCACUAUCAAGUUCACAGUUCUGGGAUCAAUAGUUUUUCCUUCCACCCAUCCAACAACUACUUAAUCAGCUGUUCCAGCGACAGCACCAUCAAGAUCAUGGAGCUGUUAGAGGGACGCCUCAUCUAUACUCUCCAUGGUCACAAGGGAGCUGUGAUCACAGUGGCCUUCUCCAGGGCUGGAGAUCUGUUUUCCUCAGGUGGAGCUGACCGUCAGGUCCUUCUGUGGAGGACCAACUUUGAUCGCAAACCCUAUCAGGAUGUUCUACAACAACACAGCCAGAGGUCCACCCCCGAUCCUCCACCACACCUGUCUGACAUUCAUCCCAGAGCCCCCCACCUCCACCACCCACAGCCUGCAGCCAUUCAGAUCAGUCCAGCUGUGGCAGACACCCAGUCCACUGACCCGCAUGUCAUAGAUCUGGGUCCAGCAGCUCCUCACAUCAAGGUAAGCUGAUAAGAAAAGUCAGAUUUUAUUUCAGUAACUCUUCACAAACAGCAAAAGCUGCAAACGCUAAACAAACACACACAGGGUGAUGAUGGGAAUGAUGGUGAAAAGUAAUGACAUCUAAACACAAAUGCUAAAUCCACAUAAAAAAACUAUGUAAAGAGUUGUACAGAUUGGAUUCCGGGUCUCUGCGUGGUAUUGCAGCAUUUGAUGGUUAGACCUUCGUGUUCCAGAUGAGGGACAACUUCAAACUGGAGAUGUAAUAGAACCAAACCAGUAACCAUUUUAAACACCAGGGGGCAGUACAGACUAGAGUUCAGUCCCAACUACAGCUCCAGGAAACUCGCAUACACAUGGUUGUUGUUGUUUCUUAUUUGGUCUUUGGAGAAUUUGACCAAAUCUUGAUGCUGUACUUUCACAGAUUCAUACACACCAAGGUUUCUGAUGUAAACAUAAUUUUAUUUGAAGUUUUAGUUGGUUUAUAACUAAUGUUUUGUUUUCCAUCAAACUUAGAUCUACUUUAAUCAUCAUGAAAAUUAUUUUAAUCUCGUGUUAGAAUUUCAAACUGAGGAAUUUAUUUACAUUAAUAUACAUACUUUUUGUUACAACUGCAUUACCACAAAUGUUACGCUCCGUAACUACAAUGAUGUUUAUCAUGAUGCUGAAGGUCAGUCUGGAGCUGCAGGUCACAGACCCAACCUUGACCUAGAGGUCUUACUGUGUUCCAAGAUGAAUUACUUGAUGUGAGUUAGUCUUAUCUGCUUACUUUACGUGUGUUGAUCCUGGAUAACAUUUGGGAACAAGACACGGGUGUUAUUAUGUCAAAAUGUACAGAUUCAUUGAGUAUUCAUUUAGUUAUCCAGGUAAAUCCUGUCUGUUUAU